AUGGCGCCCACGAGGGACGGGAGCAGCACGACUACAGCUCAUGACACCCACGAACCCUCCGAGACGAGUCCUCUGCUCGGCGGCGAGCAGAAUGGCAUCGCUGUCGACCCGGAGAGCGCGCAGCCCGUGCCCGUGCCAGUGACGGAAGCCGACGAGAUCGCGGUGGCCGAGGAGCCCAGUACCAAGAAGCUGGUCGCCAUCAUGGCAGCGACGUGGAUUGGGGUCUUCUUUGCUGCUCUGGAUACAACCAUCGUCGCGACCCUGACCGCUCCCAUCUCAUCGAGUUUCAACUCGCUCUCCCUCCUCUCGUGGCUGGCGACAGGCUACCUCAUCGCCAACUCGGCGUGCCAGCCACUGUCGGGCAAGCUGACCGACAUCUUCUCGCGGCGCUGGGGGUUGAUCUUCUCCAACAUCUUCUUCGGCGCGGGCACGCUGCUGUGCGGGCUGGCACCCAGCGCCGGGGCCAUCAUCGCGGGACGCAUUGUCGCGGGCGUGGGCGGCGGCGGCCUCACCUGCAUCGCCACCUACAUCACCAGCGACUUGGUGCCCCUGCGGCGUCGGGGCCUGUGGCAAGGGUACGGCAACCUGGUCUAUGGACUGGGCAUGGGACUCGGCGGCGUCUUCGGCGGCGUCCUCUCGGACAAGUUGUCGUGGCGCUGGGCGUUUCUGCUGCAGGUGCCCUUCAUCGCCGUGUCGACCGUCAUGGUGUUUUUCCUGGUCGACAUCCCCGUGAACCCGAGCACGCAGCCGGCGCUGUCGCGCAUCGACUUCCUCGGCUCGGGCUUCCUGGUCGCCAGCCUGGUACUACUCCUCCUGGGUCUCAACACGGGCGGCAACCAGCUCCCCUGGGGCCACCCGCUGAUCGUGGCCAGCCUGGCGCUGUCGGUCGCCACGCUCGCCGGGUUCAUGUACCUCGAGUCGCAGCCGCGGUGGGUGCCGGAGCCCGUGCUCCCCGUGGCCCUGAUUGUGCGCACGCGCACGGUGCUCUCGGCGUGCCUGGCGAACUGGUUCGGCACCAUGGCCGCCUUCCUGGCCAUCUACUACGUGCCCCUGUACCUGCAGGUGCGCGGGUUAUCGGCCACGGCGGCGGGACUGCGCGUCGUGCCCUUGGCGGCCGCGACGUCGGUCGGCAGCCUGGCGUCGGGGUACCUGAUGCGCGCGACGGGUCGGUACUACGCGCAGAUGGUCGGGGUGAUGGUGACGUUCGUCGUGGGGACGGGGCUGCUGUGCACCUUUCAGCUGGACACGCCGGCGUGGAUGACGUUUGUGUUCCCGACGCCGCUGGGCUUCGCGUACGGCGGCAUGCUGACCAUCACGCUGGUCGGCAUGAUCAGCUCGGUCGACCACGCCCACCAGGCCGUCAUCACCGCGGCGUCGUACGCCUUCCGCUCCACGGGCUCCACCAUCGGCAUCACCGUCGCCAGCGCCGUCUUCCAGAACAUCCUCACCGACCGACUCCACGUCCACUACGGCUCCCUCCCAAACAGUGACACCGUCAUCCGCCACAUCCGCGACUCCCUCGACGCCAUCAACCACCUGCCUCCAGGCUGGGACAGACCCACCGUCCUGGCCAUCUACAUGGACGCGUUGCGGGGUGCCUUCUUCGCCGGUCUCGGCCUGGCCGUCCUGGCCGCCAUCGCUGGGCUGGGCAUGAAAGAACACGUCUUGCACAAGAAUCUUGCCCGGAAGUGA